AUGACCGAGCCCACCCCCACAGCCAUACUCGACGCCGCCCUCACAGACGUCGACCUCGCGCCGUUUGCACCGCUCCUGGCCGCGCCCGCCACCGCCACCGCCCUUGCCGUCUCGUUCACCGCCGUGGCCGCCGCAGACCCCGCCGCGGCUGCGGCGGCGCUCUCGCGCUUGCUGCUCGCUGGCGGCACCCGCAGGCCCGGCAGCGGCGCCGAGGCGGCAACCGAGGCAGUGGCCAAGGCCCGAUUGGGGAUUGAGGCUCUCGGAUGCGGCCUGCUGCAGGGCGAGGCGUGCGCAACCGCUGUCACCGGCUUUCUCGAGAGCCUCGCCGUCUUGGCCGAGAUGGCCGAGGCGACCGGGUGCGAGCUCCAGCUGGCAUCGCUGGUCGCCGGCUUGGAGCUGGCAGUCGACGCCAUGGCCCGCCUCGCUCUGGAUGCGCGGUCGCCACAAUACGAUGCCGCGGUUGUGGCGCUCUUUACCUCGCGGCUAGUGGGAUCGCUCUGGGGCGCUAGCGGCGUCCUGCCGCGGCUCACUCGAGGCGGGCGAAGCAAGCUGCUGGCCACCGAGCCGCAUCUGGUCGACACGCUUGUCUCGUGCGCGGUGGUGGCUCUCGCCCGCGGCAGCGGAGGCGCACCCGAGACACAUCCCGUGGCUUGCGCCGCGCAUCGGGGCUAUGGUCGAUGCGCUGUGGUCCGAGGCGGCGUCGCGCGACGCGCCCCAGAUUGUUGA